GUUCGAUGUCGGUGCGUGCAUUUCGUGUAGCUGCCGCAACCGUCAGGUCGGACGAAGUCUAGUUGCCGCCUAGCCGCACUGCGAAAACACUGCGCGCCGCGACAGCACGUCAAAACAUCGCCGACCGCCGAUUGGCACGCCAGGCCACGCGCGUAACUCCGUCUCUUCGAAAACUUCGAACGCUGUGAAAUUUUCACGCUAGGAAAUUUUUGAAUGACAAUCGUCGAACUGCGCAACGAACUUUAACAUCGUAGGGAAAGCUCAAGUUUCCCAGUCAUUGGUGUGCGAAUAAUUGUGAGAAACUUGAUUUUUUUUUCGUUGGUGUUGCUUCUUGUAACUUGCGUGCGAAUUGCUCGCAACGAGAUUCAAAUGCAACGAUAUCAACUCGAUAGAAACUGACAAAAAGUUUGUGUUUGUUAAUAAAUCUCAUGCUGAACUCGUGCUGAAAUAUCAGCGCAAUAAACACACCAAAAGAAAAGAAAAACACUGUUCGAAUCGAAUAAUUGCCGAAGGUGCGUACGGACUAAUCCAGAAAAAUAAUAAUUGAGUGGUGAAUUGAUCCCUUAUCAGCGUGCGGAUAUAACGCCGGACCACGCCGGAAGCAUAUUAUGAACUUGUAGUGUCUUCCAAGGUGGAACGAGAAGAUAUUACCAUCACAGAGACUGACAAUGAAGAAUUUCGUCGAGCAGAAGCAACGAAAACGACGAUUUCAACACUUUUCAACGCAUGCUAACUUACCAAUAAAAUGUCUAUAGUUGAAAAGUCGUAAAUUCAUGCAUGAAAUCAAGUCAAAUAAAGUAAUUCACACAAGAAGUACUGUUAAUACUGUUGUUGUUGUUGUUUGCACCAAGUCUUACAACGAAGAAAAUUGAUUAUUCUAAACAAUCGAUUUCCGAAACAACAACGCACUGGUAAAACUAAAAACAACCUCAGUGGAUUCAAUUGAAGAUUGUGGCAUUAUUAAACUCACAAAAUGAAAAUCUCGUAUUUGGGCAAUCUGACAUCGACGUUCCUCCUGCUGACGUCGUUCUUCUGCGUGCAAUCCGCGCCUGCACGACCGCUCAACGAACGCUCGACAGAAUUUGCAUGGGUGCUGCUCGAGGAGCAGCAAAGCGACUCGUCGCCGCGAAGAAAAAUCACCCCGAAAUCAAUCUUCAUAUCGCCCGCGUUCGGCGCUCAAAGCUGCAGCACUGGGUACACCCUAGACGCGAAUGGCAGAUGCGUCAAAGUGGUCAAACUAGACACCAGCGCACACGAACAAUUCGUGCUUGAAUUAUUAAACCAAAACUUCGGUAAUUACGAAGAUUACGAUGACGAAGGCGGGGAGAUCGGUGAUGAAGCUUUGCCAACGCCAGGUCCAUUCCAGUUCAACAUACCAUUAGGCAUGGAUACCGAAAAGGACAAAAUUUCAAUUAUUGUCGCGCCUACCAACGGCAACUUUGAAGAUACUAUGAAACUGGAGGAUACAAUGAAACACGUUGACAAGAAGACAAGUCCACUCGACGCACCUUUAAUUAUUACGAAUAUUAACAUUCGUGAUGAUUCCGACGCAUCCGGCAGCCAACAAAAUCAAAAUCUCACCCGAGUGCAAACGAACGAAACGACGACGUCGCCGGUGUUGACCACGACGACAAGGACGACCAUCCGCGAGACAAGACCGGACGAAAUCAACCUACCAACGAGUACAAUACCGACCACCAUCUAUGAUGAUCCCACUACCAUUACAACUGAACCGACAGACAUGACAACGAUACUCGAUAAAGGGCAGGACGAGCUCCUAGCCGAAUCUCAGGAGCCACAAGCCAUAUUUUUCAAACUUCCUGAUUCCGCGUCGGGCGAAAGUACCACACUUUCGGAAAGCGAAGAUUCCCAGACGCUGCCGACCACAACGCACGCCAAUAAUAUACGGUUCCCAGACCGGCCCGCGUUUGACGAGGCGCUCUUCCAGGACUUCCUGCAGGACAUGAAGAAACAAGUGAAUCGCCGCUUCGUGACCAAGACGAGCGCGCCUACGAGCAGUGAAGAUGCGCUCUACACCAACCACCGCAAUCGAGAUCGAUGGCUCUUCCCGCGAUUCCUCGAGGACCAGCGCCGUGCGCGCCGAUAGCGCCAACGCGCCAUCCUCCGAGCCUACUUUUGUACAUAUUAUUUAUUACUUUGUGAUUAUUAAUUACCCUCUGGCGUUGCAGAUAGGUUAUAUUAUACUAUGAAAACUACGUCGGUAUUGAUUUGAACAUAUCGGAAUGCGUCAGGUAUUGUGAAUGGACUGGAGUCAGGUGGAGAUAUUGAGUCCUGGUGAUUGUGUGCGCGAACGUGCUCAAUGUGUAUGCGUGAUUAUUGUGUGAAUGGAGUAUGUGCUGGUCAUUUCAGGGACGUUCUUACAAAUACAGGCAAAUACACCCUGAAUCGAAUUCUUGCUGAAUGGUGCGCACAAUCGUUUCUUACCGAAGUUUAACGUAAAUUUUAUUUAUUUAUGCGUCAAAAUCGGCGAUAUCUGCUCGAAUUUGUACGCCUACAUCAUAAAAUACGUAGCAACUGUAACCAAAUAUAAACUAAUUCAUGUGUAUCCAUUCGUAAUCGUAGCCGACUUGUUGAAUUGUUUUUAUAUGCAUCACUAUCCAAACUGUCGCGCCAAACACUACUGUACCACUUACACAUUUCAACCCUCACUGAUUGCUUUAAUUAAAUUUCAUUAGAUAAAUUUUAAUAUUUUCAGUUUUAUUUUUCUAUCGUGUUGGCGCUGACAUUCGAUAAAAACUAUUCGACAAUUAUCGAACACACGCAACACAAAACUAAGUAUUAUUAAUUAACGAGUCUACAAUUAAAUGUUAUCUGCCUAAUAAAUAGCGCGUAUGUAAUAUAUGUAUAUGUAAAAUGUAUGUAUUGUAUCUAUACUUCUACUGAAAUUAAUAUUACUAACCAAUCACAUGUAUUAAUACGAUUUAAUAAACCAUGAAAAUUUUUCAACAAAGCUGCAGAAAUCAGUCUGAUACAUACCGCGAACACGAAUAUUAUUAUUGCUGAUUGUUUACUUUAUUAUUGUUAUGAAUCGUAGGUAUUAUGAUUGUCAUUCGUGUACAAAAUAGAAUAGUAACAGAGUUUAUAUUGUAUUAUUAUUGCAAUAUUAUUGCGAUCGCCGGCGCGCGCGAUCAUCUUCAGUUGGUUAAUUAGUAUUUGUAAUCGUUUAUGAACUUAAGAAUAUACCAUUUGGUUUCUUAGGAAUUAUGAAUGUUGAUGUUUAUAUCUUUCGCGAUGUAUCAUUUCGAUGCGAUGUGUGUCUGUGUAUUGGUUCAAUGCGAGCGUCUUGCCAAUACGAGUUGUAAACAAAUUGAUAUCGAACGAAAAUAUAAUGAACUAAAUAAAAUAGCAUGAAAACAAACAA